CUAACCACCACUGACCAAGCCACAACAUUAACUCCAAAAUACAAUUCAAGGAAGGCCCUCCUUCACUUCCAUAACAAUAUAUCAUCCAAUGUUAUAGGCAUAGCCUAUAAACAACAAAGAAGAAGCAAGAAAGUGAACAACAUCAAAGACACAGAGUAACCAGAGAAGGAAAAAUGUCGUGGCAGACUUAUGUAGAUGAACACUUGAUGUGUGACAUUGAUGGCAAUGGCCAGCAUCUUGCUGCCGCGGCCAUUGUUGGUCAUGAUGGCAGCCCCUGGGCCAAGAGUGCUAACUUCCCUCAGUUUAAGCCUGAGGAGAUCACUGCUAUCAUGAAAGAUUUCGAUGAACCUGGAACCCUUGCUCCGACUGGCUUGUACCUCGGGGGAGUAAAGUACAUGGUAAUCCAGGGAGAGCCCGGUGCUGUUAUCCGUGGGAAAAAGGGCUCUGGAGGCAUCACUAUAAAGAAAACUGGACAAGCACUAGUAUUCGGAAUCUAUGAAGAACCAGUGACUCCAGGACAGUGCAACAUGGUUGUUGAGAGGUUGGGAGAUUACCUUGCUGAUCAAGGCCUCUAGGGUGCUUAUCUAUCAUCAAAAGUUUACGUUUUGAACUUUGCUGUUUUUAUUUUUACUUAUUUUUUUGGGGGUUUCGGUUCCAAGUUUGCAUAUCCUUCAUCCAUUAGCCUGCAAUUGGUGGUGAAGACAUUGUUGCAAGCAAUAACCAUGCGAGAAGGACUAAAAGCAGUUUUUUGAUCAAUUGCAUAAACUUGAUAUUUUCAUGAUAUAAUUUGUAUCCUAUAUUCCCUAUUAAUUUCUCUUGUAGCUUUUCUCUAUGGUACAUUAUUUCAUUGGAACAAUCUUAAAGAAUCUUUGUCUGGCAAAAGUUUGCCAGCACAUGUUUGAAUA